AUGGACAGCACUCAGGCUCCCUGCCCGGAGAAUGCUGGACUAUGCCAGACGAGCGCUCAUGUAACGGAUUUUUCCAAGGGUGCUGAUAGCCGUUGGGUGGUAGCGGAUGGCACUGAUCUCAAGUACACGAGUGAUGGGGCCGACUUCACGAUUUCGGGAAGAUACCAAGCUCCGACUAUUGAGACGGACUUCUACAUCUUCUACGGCCGAGUCUCUGUUGCCAUGAAGUCGUCCCCGGGAGUGGGUAUUAUCAGCUCUGUUACGCUGGCGAGCGAUGAUUUGGAUGAAAUUGAUUGGGAAUUCCUCGGCGGCAACAACACCAUGGUUCAUUCAGACUAUUUCGGAAAGGGCAACGGAACCGUGUCUGAUCGUGAAGGAGACCACGACGUGGCGACCCCGCACGAUUCUUGGCAUACCUACACUAUCGACUGGACUGAGGACAAGAUCGAUUGGAUCAUCGACGACGUUACCGUCCGAACCAUGCACUAUGCCGACGCCCUUGAUGGGCACAACUUUCCGCAAACACCUAUGAAGGUUAGGAUGGGCACCUGGGCUGGCGGUGACCCCGACAAGUCCUACUGGACACGACUUUGGGCUGGCGGCAACACUACCUACACCGAGGAGGCGGGUAUGCCAUGGACCAUGACCGUCAAGGAUGUCGAGAUUACGAACUACAACCCCGCCGAACACUACAAGUACACCGACACUACUGGCGACUCGAGCAGUAUCGCCAAGACUGGCACUGCGUGCAAGUAG